ACUUCCUGCCUCAGUUCCUAUCGUUUAGCUUCUGUAGCACAGCAAUGGCGUCCUGCAGUGGGGAAACUGCCACAGCAUCCGAAGAGGAACAGACCGAAACUCCUGCGACUCAGAAGAGAGAAGACAGGCUGCGGAAAUUUCGGGAAUUGCAUUUCAAACGAAACGAAGCACGGAAACUGAACCAUCAGGAGGUGGUGGAGGAGGACAAGAGACAGAAACUUCCUGCAAACUGGGAAGCUAAGAAAGCUCGACACGAGUGGGAGCUCGCUGUAGAUCUAAAGAAAAAGGAAUGUGCUGAGAAUGGGGAGGACUAUCACAGAGUGAAACUGCUGGAGAUCACUGCUGAUGAUGCAGAGCGCUGGGAGCGGAAGAAGAAGAAGAAGAACCCCGACACAGGAUUUGCAGGUUAUGCUGAGGCCCAGUUCCGCCAGUACCAGAGGCUCACCAAGCAGAUCAGACCAGACAUGAAAAGCUACGAGAAACAGCGAGAGGAGAGUGGUGCAGACUUUUACCCAACGUCCAACACCCUGAUCCACGGCACCCACGUCCCCUCAAAGGACGGAAUUGAGCGCAUGGUGGAAGAUGUUGAAAAACAGAUCGAGAAGCGGGCCAAGUACAGCCGGCGCAGGGCGUACAACGACGACGCAGACAUCGACUACAUCAACGAGAGGAACGCCAAGUUCAACAAGAAGGCGGAGCGUUUCUACGGCAAAUACACAGCGGAGAUCAAACAAAACCUGGAGAGAGGCACGGCUGUCUAGUCACCUGAGAAGAAGUUCGCUGGUUCCCUUUUUCUUUUUUCUUCUCUGUACUUGCUAAAGAGACGGUGUGUUGUCUCGAAACAUCUUUUUAAUUGGAAGAUAAUUCAGUCAGCUCUAUGAUAUGUAAUGUUUGGUGUUCCUUUGUACAGUAUUAGAGGUUUAAACAACACAUGCCUAUGUUCCCAUCCUUCUUUUUAAAUAAACCACUUGCAAUUA